AUGGCGCAUUCGCUGCCGGUGAUCGACUUGAAAGAUCCCGAGCUGCCGGCGAAGCUGUUGGCGGCGAUUUCCGGUGAGGGUCCAGGAUUCUUCUAUUUGAAGUUCCCCGAUGGCGACGCUCUGGCGGCAAAGACGUUGGAGCUCUCCAAGGAUUUCUUUCGGCUGCCGAAACUGGAGAAGGAUGCGCUGAAGAACGACCAAGACUCCUUCUACUGGAUCCAGGAGCCAGGGUUGGCCAAGGUUUGUUCACACAACCAGACCCAGGGACCUUUCAAAGGCAAACCAGCAAGAGGCUGUUGA